GGGGCCGGGUGGCCGCGCCCGCAGCCCCGCACCAUGCCCGCCGCGCUGCCCAGCCUGCUGGCCUGGCUGGCGGUGCUGCUGCUCGGCAGGGCCCGCCCGGCCGACGCCUGCAGCUGCUCGCCCAUCCAUCCGCAACAGGCCUUCUGCAACGCCGACGUAGUGAUCCGAGCCAAGGCUGUCUCUGCAAAAGAGGUGGAUUCAGGGAACGAUAUAUAUGGGAAUCCCAUCAAACGCAUCCAGUAUGAAAUCAAGCAGAUCAAGAUGUUCAAGGGCCCCGACCAGGACAUAGAGUUCAUCUACACGGCUCCAUCCACUGCCGUGUGUGGCCGGCUGCUGGACACCGGCGGGAAGAAGGAGUAUCUGAUCGCAGGCAAGUCAGAGGGCAAUGGAAAGAUGCACAUCACACUGUGUGACUUGGUGUCCACCUGGGACUCGCUGACCCCAACCCAGAAGAAGAGCCUAAACCAGCGGUACCAGAUGGGCUGUGAGUGCAAGAUCUCGCGCUGCCUCUCCAUCCCCUGCUUCGUCUCCUCCUCGGAUGAGUGUCUCUGGACAGACUGGGCGAUGGAGAAGAACAACGUGGAUGGGCGGCAGGCGAAGCACUACGCCUGCAUCAAGAGGAGCGACGGCUCAUGCGCCUGGUACCGCGGCAUGGCCCCCCCCAAGCAAGAGUUUCUCGACAUCGAGGACCCCUAAGCCAAACGAGCGCAUUCCAGUAGCCAGUAGAAAAAACCUGCGAGAUGUUAGACUGGUCCACGCUGAUAUCUGGAGACAGCAUGAAAAUCCACUCGGCCGCAGGGGGCCCUGGUGGCUGCCAGACGUGUGUGGGGGACAGGGACCCGCUCUCUUGCAGGCUCCUGGCAGCCCGCAGCCACACUGGGCAUCCUUCGCUCGUGGCAGGGCUGAGCAAGGUGUGGGGACCUCCCAGGGUCACAAUCCCCCAGCCAUGCUUGGCUCUGGCAGCUGUGAUGGAGUGAAGCCCUUGUGAGUGGUGGGAGCUGCCCUGGCUGUGUAGCAGCAUGUCUACCAUUGCCCCGCUGCAGGAGCCUCCCCCACAGCUCCAGACACACAGCCCUCCCCACCACAGCACCUGGCAACCCUGCUGCACCCCCCACCGACCUCUCCCUUU